AACACGCCAUACCCCCAAUGAAAAUAAACAACAAAUGGGCCAGCUGGUCAAGGCUUGUGUCCCAAUAACAUAAUGCGACGGUGUGAACUUAGCCAAUAUAAGAAUAUGUCAAAUUUAGGCAUAUAGGUAACCAGAACUACACUGUUUAGUACGCUAUCAGCGCAACAUUCAAGUACAAGUUGUGAUUUUCGGAUGUGAUGAGCUAACGUCAAGGGCAUUCCAUGAUGGACAGUGAUCUAAGUCCUCAGGAUAAAAAAGACUUGGACAAGUUCAUAAAGUUUUUCGCUUUGAAGACAGUGCAGGUGAUAGUCCAAGCGCGACUUGGGGAAAAAGUAUGCACACGCUCCUUGUCUUCACCUACUGGCUCUGAUUGGUUCAAUCUGGCAAUCAAAGAUAUCCCAGAAGUUACACACGAGGCAAAGAAAGCUCUGUCCGGGCAGCUUCCUGGCAUCGGACGAUCCAUGUGUGUUGAGAUCUCCCUCAAAACCUCAGAGGGAGACUCAAUGGAAUUGGAGACAUGGUGUCUUGAAAUGAACGAGAAGUGUGACAAAGAUAUUAAGGUGUCCUACACUGUCUACAACCGCCUGUCAUUACUGCUCAAGUCACUGCUGGCCAUUACAAGGGUAACCCCAGCCUACAAACUCUCACGAAAGCAAGGCCAUGACUAUGUCAUACUGUACAGGAUAUAUUUUGGAGAGGUUCAACUCACAGGAUUGGGAGAAGGGUUCCAGACAGUGCGUGUAGGAGUUGUGGGAACUCCCAUUGGAACAAUCACCUUGUCUUGUGCUUACAGGACAAACCUGGCCUUCAUGUCCACCAGGCAGUUUGAGAGGACGGCUCCGAUUAUGGGCAUAAUUAUUGACCACUUCGUUGAGCGCCCCUUUGGCAACAUGGGACACAUGCGUCCAUGUAACUACAGAGCACCCGGGGAAGAUGAAGGAGCAUACAAUGGGGUGGAAGAUUCUCAGGAAGUGUGCACCACGUCCUUCUCCACUUCUCCACCCUCACAAUGUGUGUUCACUGUAAGUAAGGCACAUUUAAAGACCCCUAAACCUGCAGUGAUGGACACUCUGAAAGUCCCCAUGAUGGGCCUGGCCUUCUCACACCAACUCUACUGCUCUCGUCUUUCUUAUCAGCCUCCUGUUCUUGUCGGAGCUGCUGACUUCUGCCACCCUUCCACCUUAAACGCUGCCAACCCACACCAGGUAACCACCCAGAUGGGAAUCCCAGGGAAGGAGGGGGGCGUACCCCAGCAGGUGCCUGUGCAGCCUUGUCAUGGUGCCCAGGCAGAGCAUGGACGAGUGUCCUCAUGCCCCCCCGCUGAUCAUGUUCCCGCCACUCCCUCCAGCAGUGGCGAGGGUGCAGAGACCUUGUCGAGGAGCAUUGAGGUGAAGGGUGUCUCUCCCUGUGAUGUACUGGAGACCACCUUCACCAGGAAAGUGGGUGCCUUUGUCAACAAGCCAGGCACACAGGUAACCACAGCAAGCCUGGACUUACCAUUUGCAGCGUUUGCUCCCAGAGCCUAUGACCUCGAGGAAAAUGACCCUAUGGUUCAGCCGCCGGAGUCCCCAGCCACGUCCUCUCCUCUGCAGGGCAGUUUACACUCCCAGGGCUCUGGUGAGAGUGGUGGCCCGGCACAGGACGACUUUGUUAUGGUGGACUUUAAGCCUGCGUUCUCUAAGGAUGACCUGCUUCCCAUGGACCUUGGCACAUUCUACAGAGAGUUCCAGAACCCCCCACAGCUCGCCAGCCUCACAAUUGAUGUCAGUUCUCAGUCCAUGGCAGAAGACCUGGACUCUCUUCCCGAAAAACUUGCAGUAUACGAGAAGAACAUUGAUGAAUUUGAUGCAUUUGUGGACACAUUGCAGUAGGGAUAGAAAUAGAUCCACUGGCUGCAACGACAAAUUAUCCCAUUUAAGUCCAUCUGCAAGGUCCUGUUGUCUUUCGAGCUUGUUUGCAUUCAGUCUGUGUAUGCCUCUUCUUUCUUCUCUAGAUUUGAAAUUCCACAUUGAUUUGUAAUCGGAAUGUUCUUCAAACCUCACUGUUUGAUGUAUUGUAGAGUAAGAGAGCCUGUACCCAACAGAAGACAUCUUUUUUUCUGAUGUGAAAAACUGCAACAUUUGCUCUAGUGUUGAGCAGACUGUCAUAGUGUAAAUACCAAAUCCCCUCUCACCUUGCUGUUAUAGAACUUAACACACAAUAACAAAGACAUUCAGUUCAUGAAAGCGAUUUUGUCUAAAUAAUGUCAGGAGGCAUUGUAUUAUUGCUGUCCCGUGUGACACGGAGAACGUUCAUAGCGCCUAUGGAGUCAGACAUGGCUAUGUUUUAGUAGAUGUGAAGAAGCCAAGCUAUGUAUGGAAAAUGAUCAGUAGUAGUCAAUCUAUACCCAAGAAACAUACUCUAGCUGAAUCUGUAUAUUGAAAAUGUAAAUUGGGAGAAAUGUUGUCCUACCAACUUUAGGACAAGUAUCACUACAAAUUAUGUACCAUAUAAAGCAAGUUUACUUUUUCCCCCUUAUCUGUAAAAAGGCUAAACAUUAUUUGCACUUUCAAUGUAUCAAUCUUAAGUCCUCUUGAUUUUCCCAAUGCUUUGUUAAUAUACAGUAGCAUGGCCAUGCGUAAUAAAAGUUAUUUCAAAUGGCCUAUUUUGUAUUAUCGGAAAGGAAUAAGCCAGAGGCCCUAUAUAUAUAUUUCUGAUUGUGGUCGUUUGUGAUUUAUACCAGAACACCACGAGUGAUUGUAUUUGUCGCCCCUCUUGAAGCUUAAAUACAAUAGAGCAUCAAAACUCUUGUCAAAUGAGUACGCCCCUCUACACAACUGAAUAAAUCAAACGAAGGCACUUUUAA